CGGGGUAUCAGAGAAAAAUUCCAAAACCCAAUUGCUCUCCCUCGAAACCCCCACUCUGCAAAGUUCGCAACAGCAGGUUCUCUCUCUCCUCGCGACUCUGUCUCUGUGAGUUCGUGUAGGAAUCGUGGAAUAUGUUUGUUUUUUCUCCAACGACGGGGUUGUUUGGAAACUCGGUCUUGGUUAGACAAUACUCAAAUUUGAGUUCCUAUAGUCUCUUAUUUGGGCUAGAGGCUAAACAUAACCAUAACAUUACCCGCACAAGUUGGGACCAAGGUCUCGUCAAAGGUGCGGUUGCGUCCCUUUCAAAUAGCGAUAUAGCGCGACAGACAAUACUCCCUAGCAGAGUCUAUUGUGAGAGCUCUGAGAAAAUGGAGGUUGAUAUCUCGCUUAGUCCCAGAGUAAGUUCAUUGAAGCCCUCGAAAACAAUCGCUAUAACUGACCAGGCAACAGCUCUCGUUCAAGCUGGCGUUCCUGUUAUCCGAUUAGCAGCUGGAGAACCUGAUUUUGAUACCCCAGCUAUUAUAGCAGAGGCUGGGAUGAAGGCGAUUCGUGAUGGCUAUACAAAGUACACUCCAAAUGCGGGAACCUUAGAACUCCGCUCAGCUAUUUGUCACAAGCUGAAGGAGGAGAAUGGGAUCUCUUAUACACCUGAUCAGAUUCUGGUGAGUAAUGGAGCAAAGCAGAGCCUCCUUCAAGCAGUGCUAGCCGUUUGUUCUCCGAGAGAUGAGGUUAUAAUUCCAGCUCCAUUUUGGGUGAGUUACACGGAAAUGGCAAGGCUGGCUGAUGCAACACCUGUGAUUCUUCCAACCCACAUCUCGGAAGAUUUUCUCUUAGACCCGAAGAUACUUGAAUCCAAACUCAGUGAGAAGUCUAGACUCUUGGUAAUCGGAACACCAUCUAACCAGGCAGGAACUGUUUACCCCAGGAAGCUGCUUGAACAGAUCGCUCAGAUUGUGGCAGCACAUCCUCGCCUUCUGGUGCUAUCUGAUGAAACAUAUGAACACAUUAUUUAUGCACCGGCUACUCACACAAGCUUUGCAUCGUUGCCGGGCAUGUGGGAGAGGACUCUGACUGUCAAUGGGUUUUCUAAGGCCUUCGCAAUGACCGGAUGGAGACUUGGAUACCUUGCUGGCCCUAAACACUUUGUUUCGGCAUGUGGGAAGAUACAAAGCCAGGCUACUUCAGGCGCCUGUAGUAUAUCCCAGAAAGCAGCUGUUGCUGCUUUAGGACUGGGUUAUGCUGGUGGGGAAGCAGUUGCUACUAUGGUCAAAGCAUUUAAGGAGCGGCGAGAUUAUUUGGUUCAGACUUUUGGCGAAUUGGAAGGUGUUAAAAUAUCAGAGCCACAGGGAGCUUUCUAUCUCUUCCUUGAUUUCAGUUCAUACUAUGGAACGGAAGCUGAAGGCUUUGGUCUGAUCAAAGACUCUAGUUCUCUGUGCCGCUAUUUGCUGGACAAGGCUCAGGUGGCCGUUGUCCCAGGUGAUGCAUUUGGGGAUGACACCUGCAUCCGUAUCUCCUAUGCAGCAUCUCUUUCAACCAUACAGGCUGCAACUGACAGCAUCAAGAAGGCGAUGACUGCUCUCAAACCUGCAGUCGCUGUUUAGUUUAGAUGGCAACUAUCUCGAGCUACUGUUGUUGUACUUCUUCCAAAUUUAUAAACUUGCUUGUCGUGAUGAUCAUAUCGUGAAUAAAAGUCGAUUGAGGACUGCCGCAUUGCUUGUUGUGCUUCUUCGAAAUUUAUAAACUCGCUUGUCAUGGUGAUUAUAUCGUGAAUAAAAGUCCAUCGAGGACUGCCGCAUUGCUUGUUUUAUGCAUA